GAAUUUUAUAGCCCAAAUAGGAGAAAAUUCAGGGGAGACCUAAGAACACUUUAGAGAGAAAAAAAAUGGGUUUACAGCAAGAUACAGUGACAUGGUUCGUAGGGGUUCUAUUUCUAAGCACUUUGUUCCUGUGCAGUGCUGAAGUACAUCACUAUGAAUUCUUUGUGCGAGAGUCGAACUUUUCGAAGCUGUGCAACACGACGACAUUGCUGGUCGUAAACGACAGUUAUCCAGGGCCUGAGAUUCGGGUUCGAAGAGGUGACACUGUCUUCGUUAAUGUCCACAAUCAAGGAAACUAUGGCUUCACCAUUCACUGGCACGGCGUGAAACAACCAAGGAAUCCAUGGUUCGACGGUCCCGAGUUCAUAACGCAGUGCCCUAUCCAACCAGGAACCAACUUUACGUACGAAGUCAUUUUAUCGGACGAAAUAGGAACCCUUUGGUGGCAUGCACACAGUGACUGGACUCGCGGUUCCGUCCAGGGAGCCUUCAUCAUUUUACCGGCCGAGAACGAAACUUAUCCGUUCCCCACGCCAGACGCGGAUCAAACAAUCAUACUUCAAUCAUGGUACAAUGGGGACUACAAGCAAAUCAUCGAUCAAGCACUUGCAACCGGUAUCCCUCCUCGCCAACCAGAUGCUUAUGCUAUCAAUGGAAAUUUAGGAGACACAUAUGGAUGCACUAAUGAUACAAUAUUCCGUAUGCAAGUUGAUUAUGAGAAGAUGUACCUUCUCCGCAUAAUCAAUGCAGCAAUGAACGAACAGCAAUUCUUCGCCAUCACGAACCACACCCUCACAGUCGUCGCCCAAGAUGCCUCCUACGUUCAAAGGUUCACAAGCGACUACAUAUUGAUAAGCCCUGGCCAAACCAUGGAUGUGUUGGUCUCCGCCAACCAAAACGUGGGCCAAUAUUACAUGGCUACCAGGCCUUUCUCUGAUGCCUCUGCUAUGCCUCCUGACAACAUCACAACCGGCAUUUUCCAAUAUACGAACAGCGACGGCGGAUUGAAUGCUUCCUUGAUAACACUGCCCGCGAGAGACGAUACAAAUGCUACCAAUAGCUUCAUCAGCCGAAUUAGAAACACCAACGUCACCCAGAAUCCCCCAUUGAAUGUGCCAACGGGUAUCGAUAGACGAGUGUUCAUUACAAUCGCCACCAACACCGUGCCUUGCAACACCUCGCAAUGUCUUCUACCUAAUAGAUUUGUUGCAAGUUUGAACAACGUCAGCUUUGUUUUCCCACGUAUUGACAUUCUCCAGGCAUACUACAACAGUACCGGUGGUGUUUUCACGGAAGAUUUUCCCCUUAAUCCACCAGUAUUCUACGAUUUUACUGGAAACUUGACUGGUUUCAACACGAGAGCUGAGUUAGGGACGAGGGCUGUUGUGCUAAACUAUGGGGAAGCAGUUGAGAUUGUGCUGCAAGCAACCCAAUUGGGUGGUGGUGGAAGUCACCCAAUCCAUUUGCACGGUUUCAGCUUCUAUCGGGUGGGAAGUGGUUCCGGAAAUUUCAACAAUGAGACAGAUCCAAGCACCUACAACCUGGUUGAUCCACCCCUCAUUAACACUAUCCACGUUCCUGGUAAAGGAUGGGCUGCACUCAGAUUUUUUGCAAACAAUCCUGGGGUAUGGUUUAUGCAUUGCCAUUUCGAAAGGCAUAGUAGCUGGGGAAUGGACACUGUUUUCAUUGUGAGGAAUGGUACCACCACGGAAACCAGCAUCCGCCCACCGCCGUCUACCAUGCCUCGUUGUCCUGGAACCUAGAACCAGUAGAAGGAUAUAGUUGUGGAUUUACAUUAUUUUUAAUAAACUAAUGGAUCAAAUUUUAUUCGAAUUUCUGUUAAUAAGAUUCCCGUAUGGAAAUGUAAUUUAUAAUGGAAUUGUGAUCGUUGUAAGGAUGAUUUUGUAUUGGAUUUUUAUUUCAUCAAGGCUAUUAAACUCUGUUUUAUUUGUUAGAAA